AUCGAGACAUUCGACCCCGCCAAUCCCGAGGGCUGGGAGUCCUACGCGGAGCGGGUCGAGUUCUACCUCAGGGCCAACAAGGUCACCGACGCCGGCACGAAGAGGGACGUUCUGCUGAGCGUCUGUGGGCCAGCCACGUUCGAGAUUGCCAAGGGUCUCUCGGCUCCCGUCCGCCUCACGGAGAAGUCCUACGAGGAGAUCAUCAGACUCCUCACCGGCCAUUUCUCGCCACAGCCUUCGCGGGUGGCCCGUCGGUUCCUGUUCCACAGAAGGGACCAGGCAGUGGGGGAAUCGGCCGCCGACUACCUGGCGGCCCUCCGCAAGAUCAAAAUGGCGGUCCUCAUCGAAGGGAACCCCUGCCAAAUGGAAGUGGACUCUGGUUCCUCCAUCUCCAUUAUAGCGGAGGAAACCCUGAGGAAGCUGUGUCCCCCCCAGCGGCUGCAACUAAGGCCGGCGAACUUCAUACUCCGGGACUUUCAGAAGAAUCCGGUGCAAAUCGCGGGGUGGGCGCGGGUGCAAGUCGAGCGGGGGUCCUUCUACGGCCCGCUGGACAUCCUGGUGGUAAAGCGCCAGCUUACCACCCUGCUAGGACUGGCGUGGUUCAAACCCUUGGGGAUCCGGUUGGAAGGGGUGGGGCAAACCCUAACACCCAGGGGGUUCGGGGAGAUAUGCCAAGAGUUCCCUGACGUGUUCGAUGGUUCUCUAGGGAGCUACAAAGGGCCAGCCAUCUCCCUACCGCUAGACCCCACGGUCAGGCCGAUUCGGCUCAAGGCGAGGAGGGUCCCGUUCGCUUUAAAGCCAAAAAUAGAGGCCGAACUAGAUCGCCUCACAGCCCAGGGAGUCCUGGAGCCCGUGGACUACGCCACCUGGGAGACCCCCAUCAUAACCCCUAUCAAGCCAAACGGGGAGGUGCGGAUCUGUGCAGACUAUAAAUGCACGAUAAACAAGGCACUGCAGGAUAACCCCUACCCAGUGCCGGUGGUGAGCCAUGUUCUGGCUGCCCUAGCGGGGUCCAAGAUCUUCGGGAAGCUGGACCUGGCACAGGCCUACCAACAGCUCCCGGUAGAUGCUAAGACGGCGGAAGCCCAAACUAUAGUGACACACAGGGGGGCCUUCCGGGUGAGGAGGCUUCAAUUCGGGGUUAGCGUCGCUCCCGGGAUCUUCCAGAGUAUAAUGGACGCUCUCCUGAAAGGGAUCCCCGGAGUCCAGCCGUUUUUUGAUGACGUGCUAGUCGCCGCCCCGGACCCCGAAGAAUUCGGCAACCGCCUAAGAGAGGUACUCUGCCGGUUCCAGGCAGCGGGGCUCAAAGUCAAGAGGGAGAAAUGCCUGCUGGGGGUCCCACGGGUGGAGUUCCUGGGGUUCGCCGUAGAUGCAGCGGGAAUCCACCCAACGGAAGAAAAGACCCGAGCCAUUGUGAAAGCCCCCAAACUCCAAGCAGCCGCGUUUCAGGCAGUCAAGGAUGUUUUGGUGUCUAAUGCGGUGCUCCACCAUUUUGACGAGGGCCUCCCCGUCAUCCUGGCUUGCGAUGCGUCGCCAUACGGGGUGGGAGCAGUCCUGGGGCACCAACUCCCCGACGGGAGGGAGGUACCGGUCGCAUACUACUCCCGCACACUGACACCAGCCGAGCGCAACUACGCGCAAAUAGACAAGGAGGCUCUGGCAAUCGUGGCGGGGGUCCGCAAGUUCCAUGAAUACCUGUAUGGGCGGAGGUUCACCAUAGCAACGGACCAUAAGCCCCUCUUAGGUCUGCUGGCCCCCGACCGUCAAACCCCCCAAAUACUGUCGCAGCGCGUGUUGAGGUGGAACCAAUUCCUCAACUCCUACACUUACACACUGGUACACAGGGCCGGCAAGGCUAUGGGUCACGCGGACGCACUCAGCCGCUUGCCGCUUCCGGAAACGGAAUUCAAGCCAUAUAAGACCAGGAGGGAGGAACUAGCAGCCCACAAGGGGUGCCUGUUAUGGGGAAGUAGGGUGGUGAUUCCGCCCCCGCUGCAAAAGCGUGUCCUAGAAUCCUUACAUGAGACCCAUCCCGGCAUAGUCCGAAUGAAGGCCUUGGCCAGAAGCUACGUCUGGUGGCCGGGGAUGGAUGGGGAGAUAGAGAGCUGGGUCCGACGGUGCCAAACGUGUCAAGAGUCGCGGCCCGAGCCUCCCAGCACCCCCGCCACUAGGUGGGAGUCAACCCGGAAACCAUGGUCGAGACUCCACUUCGAUUUCGCGGGGCCAUUCCAGGGGCAGACCUUCAUGAUAAUAAUGGACGCCUACACCAAGUGGUUGGAGGUCAUCCCCAUAGGGUCCACCUCAUCCGCCACCGCAAUCCGAGCGCUGCGCAGGGCCUUAUGCACACACGGUAUCCCGGACACCAUAGUCUCAGACAACGGGACCGUGUCCACGUCUGCAGACUUCCAGGCGUUCCUCCAUAGAUACCUGAUUAGGCACAUAAGAUCUGCCCCCUUCCACCCAGCCACCAACGGCCAGGCGGAG